GACCCUUCUUCCUCCCCACAAAUCCAGACCAGACCAGGCCAGGCCAGGCCAGAGAGGACCAAACCCUAGCCAGCUCGCCGCGCGCAACCCUCCCCAGAUCUCGCCGUCGAUCCCCGACCCCCGAUGGCCGCUCGCGCUUCCCCCGCUCCCCGCCUCGCCGGCUUCUAGCUCGCGAGCUAGCCGCGCGCGGAUCGGGGUAACAAAGCAUGGAGGAGGACGCGGUCGCGGCUGCUGCUUCUGCGGUGGCGCCCGACUCGUGGGAGACGGCCGACCUCGACGGGGCCAUGAGCCGCCUGCUCCUCUCCUCCUCCUCCUCCUCCUCCGGUGGCGCGGCGCGAAGGGUCUCCUCCUCGCCCGACCUCGCCGACGACCGCCAGGCGGACGCGCAGCAGGAGGAGGGGCAGCAGCAGCGGGCCGACGAUCCGGCCGCGCAGGUCGACCAGUUCCUCCGCGAGGCCCUCGAGAAGCCCCGCGAGCGCCUCCAAGUGCUGCGGAUGGAGCAAGACAUUCUCAAGUUCCUUCGUGACCCUGGACAGACGCAGUUUGAGUUCCAGGGUCUUCCGACUUCGUACCUGCGUCUCGCUGCACACCGUCUGGCACAGCAUUAUUUCCUGAUAUCAAUCGCCCUGCCGGAUAACAGCCUGCCUGAUGGCACCAGUUCGCGGAUCAUCCUUCGCAAAACGUCGGCUGAGUGCCGAUUGCCUGCUGUCCGCCUAGCUGAUAUUCCAGUUAAUCUCCCUCAAGAAGAGAGCAGCGCUGUGGCCACCAAAGUAGCUAUUAAGCAAAGGCCUCAGAAGAAUCACCAUGGCGGUGCAGGCGCAGGUGCCAACUCUAACAGAGGCAACCUUCAGAAAAGCGUCGAGGAGAGGAAAGAGGAAUACAACAGGGCACGUGCUCGCAUAUUUAACAGCAGUAGUGGUAGCACUAGUCCGGUUGAUGGAAGACCAGCUGAUGAAGUGGUUUUGCCCAACACCCUACAUAGGUCCACUUCCUUGGAGUUGAACUCAAACACCAGGUUCGGUGAAUUGACUGAAGCUACCCUCGAAAGGAGUUUGACUAGCACUGCAUCUAGCAGCAGAUCAAAUAAUAGAAGCAGGAUUGACAAGGAGCCUCCAGUCAAUAGGGGCAGGCAAGGCAAUAGGGUGGCGAUAUUUCGAGACCGUGACUCUGAUCGCAAGGAUCCUGAUUAUGACAGAAGCUAUGACAGGUACAUGCAAAGAUUUGAUCCUGGAUUUGGAUUCAAUGGCGGCGCGUACACCAUUCAACCUCUGUAUGCUCCUGCUGUUACCUACAACACUGAGUUCCCCCAGCUUGGGUCACCACAAAUGUCUCCUGUUCCUGUUGAACAGCAGCAGCCUCAUCCAAUGGCUCAGCACAUGCCUGGGCCCUGGUCGCCGGCUCAAUCACCUAAUGCAGUUGGCUACAGGCCUCCAGAUGGUGUUAUGCCACCCUACAGUCCUGGUCAAGCUGGUGCUCCUGUCAGGUCUUCUGUUUUCAUGCAUGCUUCCCAGCAAUAUGCCAUGCCUUCACGCCCAGGAGUCACAUUUGUACAUCCACAGGAUUCCAUGCGACCAUUUGCACAGACACACCACCAACAACAAUCUGAAGCUAGUCUACGCUUAGCCCGGCCCCGGAGCAGGCAUGAAAGAGCCGAGAAGCGCCGGGCCGAGCUAGUCAUCCGCCUGAUCCUGUCAUGCUCGUGCGCUUCUCGGUAUUGUUCCUCCCUGCACAUUGAGAUGCAGGCGGGGUACCGUACUCCUUCGACGGUGGAUGGCGCCACGGGGCGCAUGUUGCCGCCACUGGCUCCUUGGAACAUGAGUGGCGCCACGUGGGCUGCAAGAGAAGAGAAUGGCGUGGGGGUAUCCAGCACGUGGGUCGACGACCAGGACCUGGCUGCCGGACUGGAUCACCAGGCCCUAUUGUGUCUGGCUGAAGCCGCACUGGGAGCUGCCGCUGAUGAUGAUGACGACGAAGAGUUUCCAGUCCUCGCUUUGUGUUGUCUUAAGAUUCUUCAACUUGAACUUGGUAGUAGUAUAGAGUACUGUAAGCUAUCGACCGACGCACUCAAGGAGGCCAUCACCCAGGUGGUGGCGGAUGCCAAGGAGAAGAACAGGAAGUUCACCGAGACCGUCGAGCUCCAGAUCGGCCUCAAGAACUACGACCCGCAAAAGGACAAGCGUUUCAGCGGCUCCGUCAAGCUGCCCCACGUCCCUCGCCCCAAGAUGAGGGUCUGCAUGCUCGGUGACGCCCAGCAUGUGGGAGAGGCUGAAAAGAUUGGUCUUGAUUCCAUGGAUGUUGAAGCUCUUAAGAAGAUGAACAAGAACAAGAAGCUUGUCAAGAGGCUUGCCAAGAAGUACCAUGCUUUCUUGGCCUCGGAGGCUAUCAUCAAGCAGAUUCCACGUCUCCUUGGUCCUGGUCUCAACAAGGCAGGAAAGUUCCCGACCCUGGUUUCUCACCAGGAGUCUCUGGAAGCCAAGGUGAACGAGACGAAAGCGACAAUCAAGUUCCAGCUCAAGAAGGUGCUGUGCAUGGGCGUCGCGGUGGGCAACCUGUCGAUGGAGGAGAAGCAGAUCCAGCAGAACAUCCAGAUGAGCGUCAACUUCCUGGUUUCCCUGCUCAAGAAGAACUGGCAGAACGUGAGGUGUCUGUACAUCAAGAGCACCAUGGGGAAGCCGGUCCGGGUGUUCUAAGCUCGUGCCCCUGCCGCCCUAUAUCAAUGCUACCUACAGUACUGGACCUCCUUACUAUGUUCAAGCUUAAAUAUGUCUACUUGUCGUAGUUUUUAUCGAAUUUUGCGCGUGUCCUGGUUAAUGAAGAUGAUGAAAGACCACUACUGUUUCCCCUGAGCUGUGAUUCUGAUGGAACAAUAUGUUCAUCAAGAUCAUUCCAGUGCCUGUUAUAUAUAAUGUUGUGGUUGCAUGUUU